AUGGUCGUCGCCUGGCGGGGCCUGCUCCUCGUCGCCAGCGCGGCCCAUGCGUUCGGCUGCGGGAGCGUCUUCUGUGGCUCGACGAUCACCGCCAGCGCCCCGGGCGCAGCGCCGGCCCUCGACGGCGCGGCGCGCCGCCUGCGGGGUCCCUACGCCAGAGGGAAGAAGAAGGGCCCGCCGCCGCACCAUGUCGCCGCCUUCGUCUUCAUCGGCGUCUUCGUCGUCUCGUUGGUCGCCUACGCCGCGCGAGAGACGACGGGCGCGUGCCGGAGGAGGCCCAAGGUGCCCGUGACGCCCUCCGCCGAGUCGCUGCGCGCGACGGCGCGCGCGGCCGUCGCCGAGCACGCGACGGAGGUCGAGAUGCUGACGCUGACGCUGCCGCCGUCGCCCGAGCGGCCCGGGACCGCCGAGACGGCGGAGAUCCCCGCGACGCCCGGGCCGCGCUUCGUGAGCCACGGCGAGUGCGCCAUCUGCAUGGAGCUCUUCGCGAGCUCGCCGGAGCGCGUC